AUGUGGAAACGGGGCAGGUGGGUCGCGCACCACUGCGCGAAAGAGAAAGAGAGCGAAGUGCGAGCAGAUCCAGUUGCGGGUUUUGAUUUGUCUCAGCUUGCUCCACUGCUCAUGCUUUUGCAGCAGGUUUUAGCUUUGGUUAACAGCGGCAGUUUUGAUUUGCAAGACGUGUUGCAAAAGUUAGGAGCUGCAGGUGAGAAGCAGGUUUUCCAACCGGUAUGGCAACUGAGGCCUUCAGAUUGGGACGCCAGCAUUUUGUCCAUUGAUGAAAUCACGCAUAGGAUUUGUGAAAAGAGCCCUGCCAAACUUCAGGCAGUGUCCUUUGUGCAGAAUGAUAGCGAACUGGACGAACUUCGUACUCUGCUAUCUGGAUUUGAGGAUGCCAGUCAUGAACUUGGUAUCACCGCAAUCAUGUUGGCAACAAAGGGUGACACACCAAAGCAAGAUGGUGAAAUCAUCCAGGUGCCAGGCAAGAGGCAAGGCAAAGUGACACCGAGAAUGGCACACGUCGUGAAGCUUGGUUCCAAUUGCCCGUCCUUGAAGAGAACAAUUCGACGCAUCGAAUCUACCCCGGAGAUGGUCAAAACAGUCGUGCUUCGACUCGCCACUGAGGCACGCUACCACGAUGAAAGCAAGUGGAAGGCCAUCCUUGAGCACUCAUCACAUGCUGCGCACAAGUGGUUGCAUUCCAACUUGCCUGCUGUAAUGCAGCGCAAAGUCAGAGACACUUGGGGAUGGCAAUUGGAAUCCUCAAAGGGUGGUGGAAAAGCGUUGGUCACUGCUAUGGUUCGUGUGGAGCACACAGCGGUCAACUCCAUGCUUUCCCUCUCAGGUAAAGAGUCUUGGUUUAUCGAGCCUUUGCGCUGGGAUCAGCCUGAUGUGCCUGCUUGUGAAGUCAAGUGGGUUAAAAGGAACCCCGAAGAGCCGGGACCUCAGUAUGCAAACCGAGUACAUGCAGAGGCUGGGAACCUUGGAGUUGCCCGGGGUUGGAAAAGCCUCGGUGUUCGUGUGCCUCGGGGAUCUGAGACAAGAAGCAAGACCCGUACCAAAACAUGGAGGGUCACUGGGGUUCCAAGUGAUUGGAGCCACGAGCCAGUCUUCGCAGAACUUCAGGCAGCUGGCCUGUCCAACUUGCAGCUGACGAGUCGCAAGUCUUAUGGCAGAAAAGCAACGCUUUUUCUAACAGCCUCCUGUGAGAAUGAUGUUGAUUUUGUUGAAAUUCGUUUCGAAGGAAGCCCCAUGAUUGCAACAGCUUUCAACCCUGCCAAGCAUCACCGGAGUGAGCGCAAGCCCCUGAAGUCUGGUAGUGGCCUGUCUUUUGCUCCUGAUGCCUUCCCGUCCGAGACAGAUACCCAUGGCAAAUCGGUGAGAACUUCCUUCUAUGUUGCUUCACCGGUGAAGAAGAAGCAAAAAGUUGAAGAGGUUGCUGAAACCCAGCUAGAUGCAAGCCAACCGGAUUCAUCUAUGGAUACCAGAGAACCUGCAGAAGCGACUUCACCCCGUGAGGGCGCUGCAGGAAAGCGAGCAGCCGGUUCGCCCAACAAGGGCGAUGAUUGUGCGCCCAGGUCCAAAGUUCUUAAGCGACCAGUGCCGAGUGGUAUGAGUCGUGUGAAGAAUGCUGGGCAAGGGAAUUGUCUGUUUGAAGCCAUCGGUCAGGCUUUGAGUCCGAACAAGCCGAAGCAUGGCCGAACUGUCCGUGCUGCAAUUGUGACCCAUUUGCGACGUCACUCAGACCGCUACCAGCCUUGGUGGGACGCUUUGGGGCCUGACGGCAAGUCUUGUGACAGUUUUGACGCCUACCUCAAGCUCCUCAAUAAGCCUGGCGCUUGGGCGGGCUGUUUGGAGAUCGCCGCCGCCGCGGCGCACUAUGACAAAGCCAUUUACGUUUUUGGUCCUGUCUUGCAGUCCCAUGUUGAGGGAUACAAUACGUCUUGUGCCAAUGGUUAUCUCUCUUUGUGGUAUGAGGAUAACCAUUACGAGUGGCUCAAAGGUCCGGUUCCCGAUGAUGUCCGCAAAAAUGUUUGCAAUGGUCCUUUGCAAGGCGGGCGGGGAGGCGCGACCUCCAGCAAAGUUUCGACUUCUGCAUCUGGGCGCACGAGGUCCUCUGCGUUGCCGCCCCCUCCAAGUUUUGGCGGGCGUACCAGAAAGUCUGCCUUGCCUGACCUCCCGGUGCCCUCUGUUCUCAGUGCUCAGCAGAACACCCAGGUGUCAGCAAAGUCUGUGAGCAGCAGCCGUUGUCUUGAUGAGGUUGAUCUUGCUGAUCGUGAUGACAUGCCGGAUCCUCCACCAGUUACGCAGCAGUGCCAAUGCAAGAAGUGUAAGGCCUUGGCAAGCUCCGUCAAGAAGCUUUCAAGCGUGAGAUGCGAUGCCUCCUUCAAAGGAGGUCCGAAGCGAAAGCAGCUGAUUGCUAGUUUGCAAAAGUUUGCUGAUAAGCUCAGUGUAGGUUCGCAGGAGCACACCGCAACCUUGCAGGUGGUUUCGAAGAUUUCUCCUCCUGCCAAUGUGGAUGAGCUGGUCCCAAGAGCCCACAAUGUGGUCCAGGUCCAGACGCCAGGCAAACGCAAGCAGGCCGCUUUGUUCUGCACUCGCUGCCGUCGCCUGUCUGCCACAAAGAAGCAUUUGAAUAAGUUCAACUGCAGUUCAGCAGCGGUUUGGUCCCCUGCGCGUGAGCGGGUCUUGCGACAGCAGCUCAACCCCAUGACUGUACUUGAAGCUGCCAAUGGGGGACAACGAUGUCCCAAGCAUGAUGGUGCCUUGCGAAUCGCCACACUCAAUGUGCGUUCUCUCAAGGGCAAAAUGCCCGAAGUGUUGCAACUGGCUGACAGCUUGUCAGUCGAUAUUUUGUGUCUGCAGGAAGUCAGACUUUCUGAAGAUAACUUGCUGGCCGCGUCUCACGCAGCCAAGCGCAGUGGUUGGCAAUUUUUCGCUAGCCCUUGUGCUAUGAACAAUGCGGGAGCACCUACUGCCGGUGUUGCCAUACUUAGCAAAUGGCCUGUUGACAAAUAUGUGUUACCUGACCCCUCCUGUGUUCUCCGGGCACAACAAGGCAGGUGGCAAAUCAUGAGAGUGCACAGGCCUGGUUCACGGCCUUUUUUGUGCGUCAACCUUUAUUUGCAUGCUUCGGAUAAGAUGCAAGCCCGGAACUUAGGUAAGAGUCUCUUUGAGGCGAUCGCUGUCAGCGGUGAAGAUUGCAUCUUCAUAGGUGACUGGAACUGCACCGCUGAAGAAGAGCCUGUGUGUUCAGUUCUUCGCAGUGGGUGUUUGCAUAUGGCCGAUGAUGUGGCUGGCAUUGGAACCCUAGCCAUUCCGACUCACGACAAAGGUCGGCAUAUUGACUUUGCUUUACACUCUAUAGGUCUUGUCCCUUGCGCCAGAAGCCAGUCCGCAGGGAUUGCUGACCACUGCGCAGUCAUGUAUGAUUUUGCGGUUGCCGGUUUGGAGCCUUGUUUCAAAGUCCCUCCUCCUAAGACCUUAAAGGCAAAAGAACCCGUCGAGCAAGAGCGGUGGGAUGCUUCUUUUCCUCUUGAACGGUUUGAUUUGUUGUUAGCGCAGCAGGAUGUUCAGCGUGCUUGGAAUUUGUUAAGUGACCAUGCCGAGUCUCUUUUGCAACCCCAUUCGGUAGGUCGUUCACGCACGACAGUUCCUGGUCCCACAUGUGUUGCCACAGCGCCCACUAAGGUCGAAAGACUUCAGACUGUGUUGGAGCGUCGCCUCCGUCGCACCCUGCGACGUCUGGCAGAGCUGCAAAAGACUGAUGCUGAUUGGAGCUUGGCACGUAAAGUGCUGAAUGCGCUGCCGUACUUGCAAAAGCAUUUUCCUGAGCUCACUGAGGUUCAGAAUCUGGACACAAAUCUUAUCGCUGUCCUCGAGCAAUGCUUGCAGAAAGAAAUAUGUGCUAGUCGGGAAGCUGGGCUGCAGUCCUGGAAGCGUAAAAUGGAGGAAGACGAGUCUUCCCUUGUUCGAUGGGUGAAAGGAGCUGACAAGGUUUCUUGCUUUGCCACUGACGACUCUCGGGUCCCGGUGCACCCACAGCGCAAAGCCGAACAUUUUGCAAAUUUUUGGCAGAAAGUUUGGUCCCCGCCUUCCCUGGCUCAAGAAGAGGCUGUUGACCCUUUCUUGGAUUGGAUCCCGCCCGGGGGUUUUUCUUGCUCAGAGCCAAAUUUCACACCUGCAAAUCUCAGAUCUCAGGUACGAAAAGCUGUUGGCAAGGCCCAUGGGCCUGACGGUUGGACGGGUGACUCAUGGUCCUUGUUGCCCAUGGGUUUCUUUGAUGCCUUGGCCAAGUUGUGGAAUGUGGUUAUGAAAACGGCGCGCUUGCCAUACCAGUGGCACUCAGUUCGUUGCGUUUUGAUUCCCAAAGAGGUCGGACUCCGACCCAUCAGCAUUGCAGCCCUUGCCUGGCGAACUGGCAUAGGUGUCCUUGCUCAGCAGCUGGCUCAUUGGAUUGAUUCAUGGGCCCCUGAUGAACUUGUGGGCGGUUUGAAAGGCCGAUCUUCAGCUACUGCGCAUGAACAAUUGCAUGAGAGCAUAGCUUGGCCCAAGGUUUUUGGAGCUAAGAUCGACAUUGCCAAAUGCUUCGACCAUGUCGAUGUUAAGCAAGCUCUUCGUGUCUGGUCCAAGUUGGGGGCACCUCACACUGUGGUGGCUGUCCUCCAAUCCUUUUAUGACAAACAGACGAAAACCAUGGAAUGGUUAGGUUCUUCCACUAAACCUUUUGGUUGUUCUCGAGGCCUUUUGCAGGGUUGUCCCUUGAGUUGCGGUCUGCUAGCCGGCCUGAUGACGGUGUGGUAUUGGCACAUUAAAGCCAGUGCACCCCAAGUCUGUGUCUCUGUUUUUAUUGAUGACAGAACCCUGUGGAGCUCCGAUUGGCGUCAGCUUUGUCUGUCACUCGAAGCGUCCAGUAGGAUUGAAGAGGCUUUGGGCUUGAGUCUGAAUCACUCCAAAUGCGAGCUUUUUUGUAAGUGUUCUUCAUUUCAGCUCGUUUCAGUGAAACGGUGGAAUCAUGAGUCCCACCGGAACUGGAAAGUUUGCAGACAAUUUAAGCUCCUUGGUGUCCACUACUCUCUCUCCAAGCGUCGGCGCACACCUGUAGAGGACACUGUGACUCGCAAGGUUUCUGCGCGACUGCGCAGACUUCGGACCGCAACCAGCAACCAGAGAAACAAACGCAAGCUCACGCGCAGUUUGGUGUUGUCUUUGUUUGCUCAUUCGGGGCCGUGGACAACUGUGUCCAAAAAGCUCUUGAAUCAGUGGCGUAACACCAUUGAGCAAACCAUCAUCGGCCGUGCCGUGCCGGGCAGGUCUCGUUUUCUGCUUUGGCAGUAUUUAGGUCCGGAUCUUUGUCCUGAAUUCGCGUUGGACAGGCGGGUAGUCUUUCAUGAGCUUUGGAAAGUCAGACGUGCUGUCUCAAGUUGCUGUUCCCUGCUCGACAUCGAGCAGGUGUGUGCCGCUAUGCCCCAACCUUCGACCUCUUACCGAUUGGCAGAAGUUUUGAACAAGUGGCAGUGGCAGCACAUCUCGCAGAGUCGUUUCCGCACCCCGCAGGGGGACCUUGAUUUGGCAUUUGACGGGUUGCCGGCAAUCAAAGAGGCCAUGAGACACGCAUGGCUGGCGUACCUUUGGAGAAACGAGCCCCGCGCGCAAGAUGACGCGGAGGUUUGUCAACGUGUUUUGCCAGUCUACCAGGCGCAUUCAGCUUGGAUGCGUCAGGGCGUCUCUGAUUGGGAGUCCUUCUGCAUUGCGGUCGGCGCUGGCAAAGAUAGUCGUAAACUCGCCAAGCAGCAUGAGCUUGAGUCCUUCAAUUGUGCAUGCGGGAGGGAAUGGCCUUCACGCACACAUGUCACGUGGCAUUGUCCUUCUUGCCCAGGGUUGCCUGAGGCUUCUCGGCCUACACGCAAAGCUGAGGAACGUUUGCUCGUUCCUAGCAUCCAACUUCCUCCCAUACCUGAUGAAAGGUGUAGCCAGUUUUUGCGACCGGAUCCGAAUUUGUGUGAUCUUUUUCGUAGGACUGCCACGGCCGACCAGGUACUUUUGGUAGCUUCCGAUGGUAGUUCUCAAAAGGUCCAGAAUCUGCGCAGGGCUGCUUGGAGUGUCGCAACAACCGACCGGGUUUUUGCUGCCCGUCUCCAGGGACUGGAUCAAAACAUUUUUGGCGCUGAAUCGGUUGCUGUUUUGAAAGCUUUCAUUGCUGCGACUCAUUUGCGCGUAGAUCUUCUGUUGGUUUGCGAUAACCUUGCAGUCGUCAGACGUGUGAAGCAAAUCCAAACGACGGGAUAUUUGCCUCAGUGGGCGCCGGGCCUGUGGAAGGCCUUAAGCUUAGUUUGCUCCACCCACGAAAUUGCGUGGGUGCCUUCGCACGAUAAGCUUCUUGAUUGGACCCCGUCCCUUGCUGGCCACAUGGCUGAGACUUGGAGACUCCUCAACAAGCGAGCCGACGCCAAAGCUCAGGAACAGGCCGCUCGGUCUGUGCACGAGCUUCUUGAUUGGAAAUUUACCUUUGAUGCUGCAGUGGCCUGGUCUGCUUCAGCGCUUGAUAGGCAGCGGAGUGCUUUGCGGUUCCUGAGGCGCCUCAUCGCUCCUUCCGCACCCAGCUGUGAUGUUCCUUCUGUUGGCUUGUCAGCUUGA